GCGAAGCAAGCAAGCUCGACGUCGACAGAGGGAGGGCCGGGGGGCUCGAGUUCUGCAGUGGAAGAGGCGUCUUUCAUCACUUUGAACCUGAACCUUCGCAAGGAGCUCGAGGGUGUACAGAACUUGUGUCAAAUCUACAUGAAAGACAACGAGCAUCUGCGACAGGAGCUCGCACAGGAGCAAUUCAGAAGAAAGGAGCAGGACGAGAUCUCCCGUUUCCUGGAGGAGCUCAACCUGAAGCUGAUGAAAAGGUUGCACCAAGACCCAUCGGAGCAGGAUACCCUCCGAAGCUCCACACGGGCUGAAACGGAUCCCAACGAGGAGGAGGAGGAUGAAGCAGAGAAGGAACAGGACGGGCUGCAGUCGCUUCUCAAUAAUGUCUCCGACGGGAUCCCCUCUCCCCUGGAUGUCGAAGUCCUCUCAAUCUUCAGCAACGCCUACAACGCCGUUGAAUGCAACAGGACGAGGAUGAGGAUCGCCGAGGUGAUCCUUGAAGGAUUCUUCGUCCUCACCCUGGCCUCCAUCAUCAUGGACAACCCAAAGCUCAGGAAGGAGCAGCUGGACCAUCAAGGGAUCCAGUCGCUGGUGCUCAAGUCAAAAUCUGCAGGCAUCCCAUUCUACGAGUAUCACUCGUGGUUGCGAGCGCAGCUGAGAGAGCUUCCUCUCGUCUCUGAGAAUGACGACGAGAACGACGACACGACGACCAUUUCCAUGCAAGAGUUGCACUCGCUCGUGAUGGGGUUGGAAUCGAACAACGCCUCCAAGAAUAAGGGCAUGAGGAAGCGCGACAGGUUGGCUGCGCUCUUCUCCUCACCCAAGAAGGAUGCGAACGGGACGGCGAGCGAUGCGGGGAGCAGCUGCGGGGAGGGAGGAGGAAGUUCUCAUUCCAGAGACCUCUGCAUCAGGCUGAUCCAGAUCAACAUGGAUAUCACGGAGAAGCUCAAGAAGUCAGUGAAGCGAAGAAAGGCUCUGGAGCUGGCUCUGGAGGUAGAGAAGCUGGAGAAGGAAGAAGCUCUGCAGCAUUCAAGGGCAGUCAAGCAGGUUUGUGACCUGCUGUCUCGUCAGCUGGCGGAGCGAGAGGACCAGCAGGAGAGGAGUCAACCGCAAGGAGGAGACGAUGAUGCUGAAGAAGUCGAAACCACUGCGGCGAUGGGAGUAGACAACCAAUCGCCUGAGUCGCUUGAAGCAUCAUCGGAUCCAAGUUGUACAUAAUACAUGUUCUAUCCGUGGG